CACUGUCCCCGCGUUAGAACAACCGGAGAACGGAAGUCGCGGAGACCAGUCACGGGUAACCGGUGCAGAGGAUCAUCGUGGAAGGAUCGACGCGUGCUACCAGGGUUCCCAGGAUGGAUAAAGACGUUCGACGGAAGUGCGGGAAAGUGCGACGUGCUCUCUUCCACCUGCUGCUGAUAGUGGGGGGUGUGACGGGACUGAAGGACCUGACAAUGAACGUGCCAGCGAUGGUGAGAUCCGGCGACACGGUGACGCUCUCCUGCCAUUACGAUUUGGAAGGGCUGCCAUUGUACAAGAUACAAUGGAUGCUCGAGGAAGUGGAGUUCUAUCGAAAUGCACCAGAUCAAGAUCCACCGUACAAGACCUACGACGUCGAUGGAGUACACGUGAAUGUCUCCAAGUCGAACACGCACGACGUGACGUUGACCAACGUGUCUAGGAAGCUGACGGGGGAGUACAAGUGCGAGGUGUCGGGCGGAAGGCCGUCGUAUCACACGGAUAUCAGGAAGGCCCGGAUGGAGGUGGUAGAUGCGCCGAAAACGGACCCGACGAUCGGCAUCGAGAAGGAGAGGAUCGCGGUGGGCGAGCUGCUCCGGGCGAACUGCACCACCGGCAACUCCAGGCCCGCCUCCGCCAUUACGUGGAAGCUGAACGGGGAUCUCAUCGGCAACGACAGCAUGGUAUACAGGACCAGACACCUGGCCAUCCCGCAGGACGACGGCUCGCAGGUGUCCAAGUCUACCAUAGAGUUCAAGGUGACGAACGACAUGUUCCAAAACGGCCGACUGCACCUGCGCUGCACCGCCUUCAUCGCGGACGUCUACCGGAAGACCGCUGACAUGGAGAUCAGCGAGGACGCGCCGCGCAUCGCCUCCAUCACCGGCGAAUCACCGCCGCGUGGACAUCGCGGCAUCAGUUCCGCAAACCCAAGCCCGACCUGGACUACCGCGACGACGAUGAUGCUAGCCCUGGCAGCGAUCGUGUUUCUUCUCUCCUCUUCGAUGACGAUGACCGUGGCGCCGACCAGCAGCUCGUCGGAGCCGAUCCUCGCCGGCAGGUAGCUCGUA